AUGUCCAACGGCAUCGACUCUCCUCUUCCUCCCAAGGGCGACACCUCUUGGAAGAUCACCAACAAGAUCGCAAAGGCCGAAAAGGAAGGUCGCAUUUGGUGGAGCUUCGAGUACUUUCCUCCUCGUACCGCCCAGGGUCUUACCAAUCUCUAUGAUCGUAUCGAGCGUAUGGCCGACCUCGGCCCCGAGUUCGUCGACAUCACCUGGAACGCUGGUGGUCGUACCUCGGACCUCACCGCUUCGCUGGUAAAGACCGUCCAUACCUACAUCGGUCUGGAGACCUGCAUGCACCUCACCUGCACCAACAUGCCUCGUGAGAAAAUCGACACCGCACUCAAGGAGGCCAAGGAAUUUGGCUGCCGUAACAUUCUCGCUCUGCGAGGCGAUCCUCCUGCUGGUCAGUCCGAAUGGGAGCCUCACGCUGCCGGCUUUACCCGCGCCAAGGAACUCGUAGAAUAUAUCCGCGAGCAAUACGGCGACUACUUUGCCAUUGCAGUCGCCGGCUUCCCCGAGGGUCACCCUGAAGCCAUCGACGGGCCCGAAUUGGAGCUCGAACGUCUCAAGGAAAAGAUUGAAGCCGGCGCAGACUUUAUCUUUACGCAGAUGUUUUACGACUUUGACAUUUUCGCAAAGUGGGUCAAGGACGUACGAGCUGCAGGGAUCAACUGUCCAAUCAUCCCCGGUGUCAUGCCCAUCCAGACCUAUGGUGGUUUCCAGCGCGCUACUGCUCGCUUCGGCACCUUGGUCCCUCAGUAUUUCCAUGACGCUCUCGAUCCUGUCAGAGACGACGACCAAAAGGUGCGAGAGAUUGGCACCCGUCUCGUCGGUGAAAUGUGCAAAAAAAUCGUUGGCACCGGCCUGGGCAUCAGCGGCUUGCACAUCUACACCAUGAACCUUGAGAAAGGUUCGCGCAUGCUCCUUGAUUAUCUCGGCCUCACACCCUCGGUCAACCAAGUCAGCCCUCUCCCUUGGACGCCUAGUCUCACUCCCAAGAGGCGCGAGGAGAAAAUUCGUCCCAUCUUCUGGGCCAAUCGUGCAAAGAGCUACGUCAACCGUACCGAGACCUGGGACGAGUUCCCUAACGGUCGAUGGGGCGACGCUCGCUCGCCUGCGUAUGGCGACGUUGACGCCUACGGUGUAAAGCUACGAUACUCGAACGAAGAGGCCAAAGAGAUGUGGGGCGCUCCCACUUGUUUGGACGACGUCAAAACCCUCUUCCAACAGUUCUGCGCCGGCCAAGUUAAGGCUCUUCCGUGGUCCGAGACGCCCGUCGCACGCGAAACCUCGGUGAUCAGCGACAAGCUUGCAAAGAUGAACCAGCUUGGCUUCCUCACCAUCAACUCGCAGCCCGCCGUCGACGGUGCUCGUAGCGACGACAAGGUGCACGGCUGGGGUCCCAAGAACGGUUACGUCUAUCAAAAAGCCUACCUCGAGUUUUUUGUCUCACCCGAGGAUCUUGACGCUCUUAUUGCCAGAAUCGAGGCCGAUCCGCAGAUCACUUACCAUGCCGUCAACUCGCAGGGCGACAUGCGCACCAACACCAACUCGGAAGCUCCUAAUGCCGUCACCUGGGGUGUCUUCCCGCACUGUGAGAUCAUCCAGCCGACCAUCGUCGAGUCCAUCUCAUUCCUGGCAUGGAAGGACGAGGCGUACGAGAUCGGAAGGAACUGGGCCAAGGUGUACGAGCCUACAUCGCCAUCACGCAAGUUCCUUGAAGACAUGUUCAACAGCUACUUCCUUGUCAAUGUGGUGCACAAUGACUUCAAAGCCAACGACUCGAUCUUUGAACCCUUCCUCAGCGCUUCGGAGGUCACAUCGGCCGUCAAUGGCUCGCUUUCUGGCUUGGCUUCCGCCGUCAGCAACGCAGCCGGGCAUGUGACCAACUCGAUUUCUUCGCCUGCCAAUGCCAUCUCGAACGGCAAUGCCUCUUCUCCUGCUCCCGCAGCCUCCUGA